AUGGAGCGCGCGGACAGCACCGGGACCUCCGAGUCCUCCGGGGCUGCAGGUCCACCUCCCGGACCAAAUAUGGGCUUCCUGCCCGCCAUAUUUGGAUAUGUACGUCACGCAGGAGUCUUUAUAAAGGCGGGAAUCCUCAUUGAAGGAUUCUGACAGAACCAGGUUCAGGUGUGUCAGCACGCGCUCCCGGAAACACUGACCGGAAACAGACCCUCGUGCUGCUCUAUGAAAUAACCCCCCCCACACACACACACGCCCACCCGGGACCCGGACCCGGACCCUCAGACCUUCCAGCCUUGGCUUCCCCCGAGCAUCAGCGGCCCCUGCAGCAGCCUCAGCCCGGCCGGAGCGCCUCUCCGCGGGGCACAGCAGCGAAGCCCGACCCGGUCUCUGAGCAGGAGCGGCGCGGAGCUCCGGAGCUCCAGGAGCGGCUCAGCUCCACACCCACACCCUCCUCCACCUCCACCACCUCCUCCUGCAGGGACAUGGCAGCGGCCAAAGCGGAGCUGUUCCUGUCCGCCCUGCAGAUCUCGGACCCCCUGUCCGGACUCUCGCAGCCCCUCUCCCCCCUGGAGGAGCUCCACAUGCUGCUGCAGAACGCCGCGGCCGGAGGGUCUCUGCUGACCGGCCCCGCUGCGGAGGGAGCCGGCCUGCCGAGCGAGGAGAGCGGGGAGUACGGAGGUGAGGAGCCGGGGGAGCUGGGGGGAGGUGAGGGGAGGUGAGGGGAGGUGAGGGGAGGGGAGGGGAGGUGAAAUAGUGGGAAAAAAAAGUUUGAGAAAUGAGGAAAUUUGUGAGGAAAUAAAGUUUGAUGAGAAAAGAGAAAAUAGAGCGAUCAAUACAUGAGUUAAUAUUGAUUAAACUGAUUAAUUAGUUUAUUAUUGAUCAUAUUUAUUACAUUGAUUAAACUGAUUAAUAAGGUUAUUAUUGAUCAUAUUUAUUACAUUGAUUAAACUGAUUAAUAAGUUUAUUAUUGAUCAUAUUUAUUACAUUGAUUAAACUGAUUGAUUAGUUUAUUAUUGAUCAUAUUUAUUACAUUGAUUAAACUGAUUGAUUAGUUUAUUAUUGAUCAUAUUUAUUAGUAACAGUUAAAGUGUACGGAGGCCCUGAAGCGCCCCUUUUUAAAAAAAAAAUCUUUUUGUUGUUUUGAGACGUUUUGACCUUCAGGGCCUCCGUACAUUCAUGUGGUUUCAUGAUUCAGUUUUAGGUUUUGACCAUAAAAUCAGCUGACUCUCAGCAGCCAAUCAGAUGGCAGCAGAGCUCUCAGGUGCUGCAGGUGUGUGUGGUCAUGUGAUCAGCUGUUUCCUGUUUCUCACCUCUUCUUCUUCUUCUUCUCUUCCUCUCGCAGACUCUCUGUCCGACCUCCCCGACCUCCAGCCCCUCCCCCCUCGCCUCCCCCCUCUGGCGUACAGCGGACGUUUCUCCUUCGAGCCGUCGGCCUCUGGCGGCGCCGGAGGCGGCGGCCUGUGGGCGGAACCUCUUCUUAGCUUGUUCACAGGCUUGGUGAGCAUGGCGGCCCCUCCCCCUGCAUCCUGCAACCCCUCCCCCUCUACAUCAUCAGUGACAUCAUCCUCCUCGCUGUCUCAGCAGACCUUCAGCUGCGGCGGCGGUGAUGUCUCCUCCAUCUUCACGACAACACCGACGUACACCGGCGUCACCGGCUCCGACAUGCUCCUCCCCCCAGCUGACCCCCCAAACUUCCCGCCACAGGGCCCGCCUCCCGCCUACCCCGCCCCCUCUUCCAGACUCGGCACCGUCCCGCCGCCCUCGGUGGUGCCGAUGAUGCCGGACUACCUGCUGCCUCAGGGGGUGCCGGACGGCGAGCUCUGUGUGGACCAAAAACCAGUCCUGACACAGGCCCCGCCCCCUCUCACGCCGCUGUCCACCAUUAAAGCCUUCUCCUCCCAGAUCCACCCGCAAAGCUCCGCCCACCAGGACCAGGCCAGCAAGCCCAGAGGCAGGAAGUCCCCUGCAGGCCGCCAGUGCAGGACGCCGCCUCAGGAGCGUCCGUACGGCUGCCCGGCUGACGGCUGCGACCGCCGCUUUUCCCGCUCUGACGAGCUAACGCGCCACGUGCGCGUGCACACGGGUCAGAAACCUUUCCAGUGUCGGAUCUGCAUGCGCAGCUUCAGCCGCAGCGACCACCUGACCACGCACAUCCGCACGCACACCGGCGAGAAACCCUUCGCCUGCGCCGAGUGCGGACGCAAGUUCGCUCGCAGCGACGAGCGCAAGAGACACGCCAAGAUUCACCAGAGACAGCGAGACCGCAAGACCGCCUCCCCCUCCACCCCCCUCCCUUACUCACCCCCAAACUCCGCCUCCCCCUGCUCCUCAUACUCCUCCCCCGCUCAUAGCUCCGCCUCCCCCGCCGCCCCCCUCUUCCCUCCCUCCUCCCACCUCUUCUCCCCCCCCGGCUCCUCCCCCCUGCGGACUCCCCCCUCAGAGCCCCCCCACAGCUCCAACAUCUGCUGA